AUGUUAUUUGGAAACUUAAAGAAAUUGAUCCAAUACAGGCAAUUUAACUCAUUUCUACAUGACACGUACAAUCACAUCUCAAUUCCUGAGGCGUUACAAAAUAGUCAAUGUUAUUGCAACAAGGUGAAUGAUUUCUUACCGGAGGAACUAUCACUCGAUCAAGAAGCACCUCUCCCAAGAAGGAUACCUGUUUACAAGAGACACAUAGCACUCAUAUCCCCUCAUGGUGAUAAAGAAUGGCAAGUUAAAUGGGGAAAGAAUCUUAAAUUGAAUGAAACAUGGCCUUACAAUAGUUUGAAAUUUUUACAGGGGAAGUUGAACAUGAAUGGAACCCCCACUUUAUUAAGUGCCAUUUCCCUACAAAAGAGUGACAUACAAGGCUUAGCAAGGAGAAACAAUAAAGAUCUGACUUUCUUCUUGAGUAUUCCUGAAAUGAAAAUUUAUGAGGUGCAUGAGACUGAGUUAGAUAUGUUUGCCAACUUUUUAAAUGGAGAAUCCAACUGGGCGCCAGAAAAAACUAAGGAAACUAAGAAGGAUUGGUUAUUCAUAUGUGGUCACAUGCAACGUGACGAAAGAUGUGGGAUAGUUGGCCCAGCUAUACUUGAGGAGCUGAAAAAGAAUCAUUUAUGUCCCGAGAAUAAUAUGGCACUUAUUUCUCAUAUUGGUGGGCAUAAAUUUGCUGGAAAUAUUAUAGUAUAUAAACAAGUGCAGAAGACCGAUCAAAAAAGUGGUAAUGUUGAUAGAAAACUCGUUGAUUGUCUAUGGUUCAGUAAGGUCUUCCCAACUAACAUCUCAAUGGUAUGUGAGAAUCUAAGAAAGAACGUCAUCAUUGAAGAAUUGUAUCGUGGUGGUACUGAGUUGAUCUCUGACUAA